GCACUUUUGUUUAACCUGAACGCGGCCAAUUUUCUCCGUGUUUACGGUCGAGAUGCACUGGUCUGUUUCAAACUGGUUCUCUUAGAGCGUCGAGUUCUGUUCGAUGGUGAAUCAGCAGGGUGGAUGUGUAAUUGGAUUCUCACUCUUCUCAGUCUUUUCCCCGAUCUGAUUGCGCACGGACUUACUCACGCGGCACUCGUGGAUCAUUCAUGGAUUACAGAUCGAGCUUGCUGGAUUUGGCCCCGUCCGAACCUAACAGAUACUUCACGAGUCAGUGAACGUCGACUGGAUACCGGGUCACCAAGUCGUAUGACCUUGGACGAGGCAACUCUGUCCAGCUAUGUAACUGCCAUGAUCUCAUCCAGUGAUGAUGUCUCAAAUCCAGUGGUAAAUAGCAGAUAA